CAACGCGCGCAGAUUUUGAUUGAGGAACUUGUAGUGUAAAGUUGUCGUUCUUUUGUCAAAUAUGUCCGGACGUGGUAAAGGUGGUAAAGUUAAGGGAAAAAGUAAAAGUCGUUCUAGUCGUGCUGGACUUCAAUUCCCAGUAGGACGUAUCCACCGUUUAUUACGAAAAGGAAAUUAUGCUGAGCGUGUUGGAGCUGGGGCACCCGUCUAUCUUGCAGCAGUUUUAGAAUAUUUGGCUGCUGAGGUUUUAGAACUGGCGGGAAAUGCAGCAAGAGAUAAUAAAAAGACUCGAAUUAUUCCUCGUCAUCUUCAGCUAGCCAUUAGAAACGACGAAGAGUUAAACAAGUUACUUUCUGGUGUGACCAUCGCUCAAGGUGGUGUUCUCCCAAACAUUCAAGCAGUUUUGCUUCCUAAAAAGACCGGCCAACCAACUAGUAGUGGGAAACCCAAGAAAGGUGGUGCAAGUCAGGAAUUCUGAUUUGGAAAAUGGACUUAUUGUUUUUCACAAAAAUUUUAAUAAUGUUACGAAUGUUUAUUGUGUCCUUUUUUCAUACUUGGAUGAUGUAGUUUGUUCCGUUGCUUUAUCAUUUGAAUAAUUUUCACAAGUAUUUUCAAUGCUGAUCGUAUUUCACUUUUACUGUUGAAUGAUAACACUAAUGUUCUUUAACUUUAAAAUGAAUUGUAUAAGUCUGUUUGUAAACAGUUAUUUGCUAUUUUCACUGCCAAUGUAAAUGUAUAUAUUCAUGUCUGCCAUAAUAAAACUUGUACAGUGUAUUGA